GGGGGUAAAAGGAGCCUAUAUAAGAAAAAGACCCCAAAAUUGGGACUGUCCCUAUAAAAUAGGGAUAUCUGAUCACUGUACCCCAAUCCCCUAUCCUGAUUUUUCACACAUCUGGCUAACCCCAGCCAAGCCCUGUGUGACAUUCCAAUCCUGGCUGCCUGCCGAGGAAGUGAGUUACUUUCACUUUCAUUCCUCAGCAGGCAGCCAGCCAGCCCUCCCCCCACCUAUCCCCCAGCACCUCACCCAACCCAGCCCUGACAGAGGGGAGGGAGGAGAGAGAGAGGGGUGCUCCUGGGGAGGAGGGAGAAAGGAGGGGGUGCUCCGUGGGGUGGGGGGGAGAAGAAUGGAUGUUAUGGGAGACAACAAAGGAUACUGGUUCCAGAGCCGCAGAGCCUGCCUCACCUGACCUCAGCCAGGGGGAAAAGAAUCACACUCACAGGACCCAGCAGCCCUGCUUCUACACUGUCUGGGCUGCCUGCAGAGUGGUGCCCCCAGGCAGAGUGAGGCCCUACGCGGCUGCCUAUUCUGCCUAUGCCUAAGGACGGCCCUGCCUGUAGUUCACCCUUGCCUGUGCCAAGAAUUGAAUUGCCCCCCAGAAGCUGGAGGGGGGGGGUGCAAGCCACUACUCCUUUGUCCCUGCAUGGGUGCUAGGGCCUGAAGGAAAUAGAGCAAAGUGAGCAUUCCGUUAAAUAUGAACAAACAGCCCCUCUCUCCCUGCAUGGACUCCCAGCAGCAGCAUUGCCCAGACUUGAUUGCAAUUGACCCUCCAUUGGCUGAGGCAAGCUGGAGGUGUUGACACAUUGCCACGGAGUCAGGUGAGGUGACAACGUCCUGGGAUUGGUUCUCUUCUCUACAGCGAAGUGGGUAAUUAGUCAGAAGCAGCAGCUGUCAGAACUCCCUGUUCCAGAUGGAUUCCUUGAGCUUCCUGCUGCUUCUAAUCCACAGCAGAAUUGCUACCGUUGCCACCGUCCAAGGUCACUUUUGGCAUAUCACAGACCUUCAUUUGGACCCAGAAUACAGAGUGGCAACCGAUCCUCUCCAGGUGUGUCCAUCUGCUGGCUCCAAGCCAGCGUACAAUGCAGGCCCAUGGGGAAAUUACAUGUGUGAUUCUCCUUGGAGUCUCAUAAACUCCUCCAUUUAUGCCAUGAAGGCCAUCCUGCCUGAUCCGGACUUCAUCCUUUGGACUGGUGACGAUACCCCUCAUGUCCCCAACGAGAAACUUGGAGAAGAAAUAGUGCUGGAAAUAAUUGCCAAUUUGACUGCUCUGAUAAAACAGGUGUUUCCAGACACUAAAGUCUAUCCUGCGAUGGGCAAUCAUGACUUCCAUCCCAAGAACCAGUUCCCAGCCAAGACACACAGGAUCUACAACGCAACAGCUGAACUCUGGCGCUCAUGGCUCAGCAAUGCCUCCAUCCCAACAUUCAAAGCAGGUGCUUUCUACAGCGAGAAGCUGCUUGGUCCCAAUACCAAAGGACAAAUGAUUGUCCUCAACACCAAUCUGUACUACGAUAGCAAUAAUCAGACAGCUGGCUUGGAGGACCCUGGUGGGCAGUUCCAGUGGCUGGAAGAUGUGCUGACCAAUGCGUCAAAAGCAGAAGAAAUGGUCUACAUUGUGGGGCACAUCCCACCUGGCUUCUUUGAGAAGAAGCGGAGCAAACCCUGGUUUCAGAAGCACUUUAACAAACGAUACACAGAGAUCGUGCAGCAAAACCAUGCAGUGAUAGCUGCCCAGUUCUUUGGGCACCAUCACACUGACAGCUUCCGGAUGUUUUACAGCAAUGGAGGUUCCCCAAUCAACACCAUGUUCUUAGCCCCAGGAGUGACUCCCUGGAAAACAACGCUACCCGGAGUGCACAACGGCGCCAACAACCCUGGGAUCCGAGUCUUUGACUAUGACCGAGGCACCCUUCAAGUGAAGGAUGUAGUGACUUAUUAUUUAAACCUAAGCCAUGCUAACCUGGUGGCCCCAAGCUGGGAGAGAGAGUAUCGGCUGACUGAAGCCUUCCAGGUGCCUAAUGGGUCAGCAUGCUCUAUGCACAUGGUGCUGGAGAAGAUAUCAAAGGACAAGCACUACUUACAGCAGUACUAUCAGUUUAACUCAGUCAAGUAUGACCUCACAGAGUGUGACGAGAGCUGCCAGACUGAUCAUAUCUGUGCUAUCAGGGAAGUUGAUUUUCUAAAAUACGAUGAAUGCAUUAAAGCCAGGAGCUUCACAGCUGUAUCCACUCUGCCAGCAAAACCCCUUUUAUUUCUCUGCUCACUGCUGGGCCUCCUCAGCUUCCAGAGGCACCUCUGGUGACUCUGACUAGGUGGAGCCCUGUGCAAACAGAGAAUGCAGCACAUAAAUCAACAUCAGCAAAUGCCUCAGUGGGUGGAACUUACUCUGGAAGAGGAUGAAAUCUAUUGUCAUUGCAGGGGUUUUAUGACAUGAUUUUGACUCCUUCUAAUAAAGAUUGUUGGGUUUGGAAGGGAUGGUGUCCUGCCUGGUGCUUUCUAACCAGGAAGGUGGGUGAGGAAAUUGCUGUUCACCCCACCAUGACAUGAGCGGAAACUUCACAAGUUCCAUAAUCUUUAACUCAAUCUGCUAAAAAGUGUGGAACUACAGCCUGCUUUGUCACUAGGAUUGUAGCCCAAGUGCGGUGACUGGAGUUAAGAACAUGCCUUUUUUCCUAGUGACAAGGAGACCACAGAGGCUGACUGAGUGGCAUGGGUGGGUGGGAAUGUGGGGCAGCAGGAUAGGUUGUGAUGCAUAAGCCAAGACAGCUGGGUGCGGUUCCUUAUUCUGACUCUUAUUUACCAUGUGAACUUGAGCAAGUCUCUUAGGCCAAGAUUUUCCAAUGUCAAUGCCUAACCUUAGGUUCCAAAAUAAAUGUCCAAUUUUUAAGUGGUGCGCUCCCAGCAUUACCCCAGGAACAGAUCUAAGGGUCUCAGAGUAGCCGUUCUGUUGCUUACAUGGACUGGAAACUGGUUAAAAGAUAGGGAACAAAGGGUAGGAAUACAGGGUCAGUUUUCAGAAUGGAGAGUGGUAAAUAGUGGUGUCCCCUAGGGGUCUGUACUGGGACCAGUCCUAGUCAACAUAUUCAUAAAUGAUCUGGAAAAAGGGGUAAACGGUGAGGUGGUAAAAUUUACAGAUGAUACAAAAAUACUUAAGAUAGUUACGUUCUCGGCAGACUGUGAAGAGCUACAAAAAGAUCUCUCAAAACUGGGUGAUUGGGCAACAAAAUGGCAAAUGACAUUCAAUGUUGACAAAUGCAAAGUAAUGCACAUUAGGAAACAUAAUCCCAACUAUACAUAUCAAAUGAUGGGGUCUAAAUUAGCUGCUACCACUCAAGAAAGAUCUUGGAGUCAUUGUGGAUAGUUCUCUGAAAACAUCCACUCAAUGUGCAGCAGCAGUCAAAAAAGCAAACAGAAUGUUGGGAAUCAUUACACAAGGGAUAGAUAAUAAGAUAGAAAAUAUCAUAUUGCCUCUAUAUAAAUCCAUCAUAUGCCCACAUCUUGAAUACUGUGUGCAGAUGUGGGUGCCCCAUCUCAAAAAAUAUAUACUGGAAUUGGAAAAGGUUCAGAAAAGGGCAACAAAAAUGAUUAGGGAGUAUGGAACAGCUUCUGUAACUGGUGAGAUUAAUAAGACAGGGACUUUUCAGCCUGGAAAAGAGAUGACUAAGGGGUAAUGUGAUUGAGGUCUAUAAAAUCAUGACUGGUGUGGAAGAAACAAACAAGGAAGUGUUAUUUACUCCUUCUCAUAGCACAAGAACUAGGGGUCACCAAGUGACAUUAAUAGGCAGCAGGAUUAAAACAAAGAAAAGGAAGUAUUUUCUCACACAAUGCACAGUCAACCUGUGGAACUCUUUGCCAGAGGAUGUUGUGAAGGCCAAGACUAUAACAAAGUUAAAAAACAAACUAGAUAAAUUCAUGGAGGCUAGGUCCAUCAAUGGCUAUUAGCCAGAAUGGGCAGGAAUGGUGUCCCUAGCCUCUGUUUGCCAGAAGCUGGGCAUGAGUGACAGGGGAUGGAUCAUUUGAUGAUUACCUGUUCUGUUCAUUCCCUCUGGGGCACCUGGCAUUGUCGGCCACCGGGCUAGAUGGACCUUUGGUCUGACCCAGUAUGGCUGUUCUUAUGGUCCCCAAAUGUUAACCUAUUAAUCCCUUCCUGCAAGGUAAAGAGUGUCAUCCGCCCUCAGCAAGUUUGCAGAUGACACUAAGCUGGGGGGAGAGGUAGACACUCUGGAGGGUAGGGAUAAGGUCCAGAGUGACCUACACAGAUUGGAGGAUUGGCCCAAAAGAAAUCUGAUGAGUUCAACACGGACAAAUGCAGAGUCCUGCACUUAGGACAGAAGAAUCCCAUGCACUGCUACAGGCUGGGGACCAACUGGCUAAGCAGCAGUUCUGCAGAAAAGGACCUGGGGAUUACAGCGGAUGAGAAGCUGGAUAUGAGUCAACAGUGUGCUCUUGUUGUCAAGAAGGCUAACGGCAUAUUGGGCUGCAUUAGUAGGAGGAUUGCCAGCAGAUUGAGGGAAGUGAUUAUUCCCUUUUAUUCAGCAUUGCAUCAAGGGAGCAGUUCCAGGCAGAGCAGGAAGUGAAUGAAAGCCUCAAGGGAGCUUGGAAGGCAGCACGGAGCGACCCACCGCCUCUCAGCUCUUCUAAUAGGUCCAGGUUUGUUGUAGAAGGAGGACUCUUAUAUAAGGAAACCCUUUUUGGUGGGCACAAGGAGGACAGACAUCCUCAAAGACAGUUGGUAGUUCCAAAAAUCAAGGUUCUCCAGUUUAUAGCCCAUGAGAGAGAUGACGCUGAGUGGCCCAAAGGAGUCUACUAUGAAGGAAAAAGCAACGGUGACUUAGAAGAGGUGAGACUUUCCAUAACCCUUGGGUGUAAGCAGCAACAGCAAAUCCAGGACCUGUGCACCAGCUUCACGCCAAUGUUUUCAGCCACCCCAGGACAGACAAAAUAGGCAUACUACUCCACUGUCACAAGUGAUGCUCACCCAGUUAGAGCCCAAACCUACUGGAUGACUCCUCAAGCCAAAACUGCAAUAGAAAGGGAGAUUGUCAUGGACUCACAGAUCGUGCCCACUCUUGGCACCGUGCAGUUUGUGGGGGGUACCCCUUUCAGUGCGACAGCCCUUCUCGGGGGGUCCACUCUCUCUCGGGGUCAGGCCCCUCCACCUCCUGGAGCCGCACCUCUCUGAGCCUUAGCACGUCUGUCUCUCGCCAUGGGCCCCCUCAGGAAGUCCACGUGCUCUGGACCCCCCGGGCCUCCUCACCCCCGAAGGAGUUGAUGUGACCCUGUUCUCUAGACCGGAGUGACUCUCAGCCAACAUAAAACAGGAGGGUUUAUUGAGAGUUGAACACAGCACAGGAAAUUCUCAGGGCCUCAAGCCUGGCCUCCCUCAGCCCAGCACAUCCCAGUCUCCCUGCAUCCAGGUGGGCUCUGCUUGCUCCCCCUCUCCAGCCCAGGGCUCCCCUGCUUCCCAUCUGGGCCUCCGAUAUCCCUGGCCCCAAGCCCCGCCUGUGUCCAUUGUCUUCUGUCCAGGUAAACAGGGUCGUAAACAGGAAGGCCUGGGUCUUCUCUCCUCUCAGCCCUCCUCUGGCCCCCUCUGGCUGGAACUGGCUGGUCAGGUCACCAGGGUCCUCUCUUCGCAGCCCAUUGUCUUCCCAUUGGCCAGAACCGGCUGUGACUCAUGAGCUGCGUCUCCGGGUCACCAGGUCACCAAUCGCUGGGGUCUCCAUCCUCCAGGCCAUUGGCUGGGGUCCCAAGUUCCCUCUCCAGUCCUCUGUAACAACAAACUCCCUCUCCCCUCACCUCGUUAAACCCAUAACACCCAGGGAAACUGAGUCCCACUCGCUCUGCAUGCAACCCACUGGAAAACCUAAGAAAACUCCCCACUUCAUCACAGAGAUCAAGGACAUGUUACAGAUGGGUGUAAUCCACCCCUCUAGUGGUUCUAGUUCCCAAACCAGAUGGGGAAAUCCGCUUUUGCGUGAACUACCAUAAGCUAAAUGCUAUAACUUGCCCAGAGAACUAACAAUGCCACACACAGAUGAGCUAUUGGAGAAACUGGGACGUGCCCAAUUCAUCUCCACCUUAGACUUAAUUAAGGGGUACUGGCAAGUGCCGCUAGAUAACCCAGCCAAGGAAAGGUCAGCCUUCAUCACCCAUGUAGGGCUAUAUGAAUUCAAUGUGUUCCAUUUUGGACUGUGAAAUGCACCCGUCACCUUCCAGAGACUGGUGGAUAACCUUCUGGCUGGAUUUGGGGAAUUUGAAGUCACGUACCUUGAUGAUGUGGCCGUAUUCUCAGAUUCAUGGGCAGAACGCCUGGAACACCUCCAAGUUGUCUUCCAGUGCAUAAGUGAGGCAAGAUUAACUGCUAAGGCCAAAAAAUGUCAAGUAGGCCUAAACAGGGUAAUAUACUUUGGACACCGGGUGGUUCAAGGGACUACCAACCCCCUACAUCCUAAAGUAAAUGCUAUCCAACAUUGGCCUGUCCCUAAGUCAAAGAAGCAGGUCCAAUCUUUCUUGAGCUUGGUUGGGGAUUACAGACAAUUUGUACCACACUACAGCCAAAUUGCCAUCCCACUAACAGACCUAACCAGGAAAAAACAGCCAAAUGCAGUUCAGUGGACUAAGAAGUGUCAGAAAGCUUUUAAACGGUUUAAGAUAGCCCUCAUGUCUGACCCAUACUAAGGGCCCCUGACUUGGACCAACCUUUCGUUGUAACCACAGAAGCAUCCUAGUGUGGUGUAGGAGCAGUUUUAAUGCAGAAAUGACCAGAUCAAUAAUUCCAUCCUGUCGUGUUUCUCAGCAAAAGAAAUUCUGAGAGGGAAAGCCACUGGUCAGUCUCAGAAAAAGAAUGUUACACCAUUAUGUAUGCUCUGGAGAAGCUACGCCCAUACAUUUGGGGAUGGCGUUUCCACCUACAGACUGACCAUGCUGCAGUGAAGUGGCUUCACACAGUCAAAGAGACUAACAAAAAACCUUCUUCGGUGGAGUUUAGCUCUUCAGGACUUUGAUUUUGAAAUACAACACAUUUCAGGAGCCUCUAACAAAGUGGCUGAUGCACUCUCCCGGGAAGGUUUCCCAGAAUCAGCCGGCUUAAAAUGUCCCUGUAUUCUAAGUCAUUGUAGUUCUUAAAAAAUGGAAAAUACUGUUUAGUUCUUCAUGUAAUUAGUAGUAAAAUUAGAGAUGCAUGUAUCUUAUUAACUCUGUUUUCUUAAACCUCCAGGAAGAAAUCCCAGCCGGUGUGGACCAGACCUGAACCAGGCUGGCCUACAUCAUUUGUGAUUUGGGGGGCAUGUGAUAAAUGAAGCGGAGGAGAGGGUAACUCCCUUUUAUGGACACCCAGCCAGCCAGUACCUAUAAAGUCCUUCUCAGUAGCCAUUAAUUGCUCUAUCUGUAAAGGGUUAAAAAGUCUCACUGCUAUGCAUAGGAAAAAGGAAGUGAGUUGGCACCUGGCCAAAAGAGCCAAUGGGAAGGCUAGAACUUUUUAAAAUUGAAACAAGAUUCCCCUUUCCUCUGUCUGUGGUUGUUCUCCCAAGGAGAGGCAGACAUGGCAGCUGUUCUGCAAGAAGCUUGCGCCAGGUAUGAAAAAUCAUCAGUAUUAUUCCUAGAAACAACUGAUUUAAAACCCCAGCUAUAUAAGUAGAUCAGGAAAUGUCUAGGAAGAUGCAAUUAGGUUUAUUCCUUUUAUUUUGUUAUGGCUUGUGGAUUCCUCUGUGCUAACCCUGGUGCUUUUGUUUUGUUUGUAACCUUUAAGCUGGAUCUCAAGAAAGCUAUUCUUGGUGCUUAAUCCUUGUAGUUGCUCUUUUAAAAUCUAGCAAUGCCCUGAGUUCCCAGAUGUAUUUUCUUUCUUUUUUUUAAUUAAUAAAAUUUACCUUUUUUAAGAAGAGAA